AUGCUCAACCUGGCCACCAGCCUCGCUUUUAGCAUUUUGUCGACUCGUUUUAGCACGCUCGGUGUUGAGCACAGCUCUCUUCGCUGUUCCCGCAUCACAGCGGAGUCGCCGCCCGUCGGCCGACUCAGCUCGCUGCUCACCGAUCUCGGCUCCUCCGACUGGCAGCCCCUCCGCCCGCGCUCUUGUCUCGCAAACCCAUGCUUCGCCUCGUCGCUGCUGACGAGCUUCAGCGUGAGCGAGGCGUGCCGGCGUGGCGUCUACGUGCCGUUCGGCAUUGGGCCGACGGCUGUCCUUGCGUCCUCCGUGAUCUACUGGUCCAACCCUAUCAAGGAGAGCCUGCGCCGCACAGUCGACCUCUUCGCGGUGCGAGUCGGCAUGGCGGUGCAGGUCCUCCUUGCGUGGCGAUACUGCAGUGGGCGAGCUCUCCCGCUUAUACUCGCCGGAUACACUGCCGGCGGCGCCUGCUACGCGUGUGGUCGCAUCCUGACCGUGCGAGGAGCGGUGCUCGCUGGUCACCGCGUGCACUGCGGGGUGCAUGUCUUUGCAAACUUGGGCAACCUACUCAUACUGCCAUACGUCGUCUAG